AUGUUCAAGUUCGGUCGCAGCCGCGCCCUGGCGUCGGCCCUGAAUGCCACCAAGCUUCAGAUUGCCCCCUCGGUCAGGCUGCCCGGCGUUGCGCAACAACGGCGCGCGCUGAGCAUCCACGAGUACCUGUCGGCCGACCUCCUGCGAAAGUAUGGGGUUGGUGUGCCCAAGGGCUCGGUGGCCAAGACGGCCGAGGAGGCCAAGAAUGUAGCCAAGGAGAUCGGCACCGAGGACAUGGUCAUCAAGGCUCAGGUCCUCGCCGGUGGUCGAGGCAAGGGCACCUUCGACAAUGGCCUCAAGGGCGGUGUCCGCGUCAUCUACUCGCCGCACGAGGCGGAGAUGUUCGCCGAGCAGAUGAUCGGCCACAAGCUCAUCACGAAGCAGACGGGCGCCGGUGGCCGCCUGUGCAACGCCGUCUACAUUUGCGAGCGCAAAUUUGCCCGUCGCGAGUUCUACCUGGCCAUCCUCAUGGACCGUGGGUCGCAGACGCCCGUCAUCGUCUCUUCGUCUCAGGGCGGCAUGGACAUUGAGACGGUCGCCAAGGAGACCCCCGAUGCCAUUAUCACCACCUACGUCGACAUCAACAAGGGCGUGACGGACGACAUGGCGCGCACCAUCGCCACCAACCUCGGCUUCAGCGAGCAGUGCGUCGAGGAAGCCAAGGAUACGAUCCAGAAGCUCUACAAGAUCUUCCUCGAGCGCGACAUGACGCAGAUCGAGAUCAACCCCCUGUCCGAGACCUCGGACCACCAGGUGCUCUGCAUGGACGCCAAGUUCGGCUUCGACGACAACGCCGAGUUCCGCCAGAAGGAGGUGUUUGAGUGGCGCGACACGACGCAAGAGGACCCCGACGAGGUGCGCGCGGCCCAGUCGAACCUCAACUUCAUCAAGCUGGAUGGCGACAUUGGCUGCCUGGUCAACGGCGCCGGCCUCGCCAUGGCCACCAUGGACAUCAUCAAGCUCAACGGCGGCCAGCCUGCGAACUUCCUCGAUGUCGGUGGCGGCGCCACGCCCGCUGCCAUCAAGGAGGCGUUUGAGCUCAUCACGAGCGACCCCAAGGUGACGGCCAUCUUCGUCAACAUCUUUGGCGGCAUCGUGCGGUGCGACGCCAUCGCGCAGGGCCUGAUCAACACGGCCGAGUCGCUGAACCUCAAGAUCCCCAUCAUUGCUCGUCUGCAGGGCACCAACGUGGAGCAGGCACACAAGCUCAUCAACGAGUCGGGCAUGAAGAUUUUCUCCAUCGACGACCUGCAAAACGCCGCCGAGAAGGCGGUGCAGCUGUCCAAGGUUGUCAAGCUGGCGCGUGACAUUGAUGUCGGCGUCGAGUUCACGCUGGGCAUCUAA